AUGGAGGGUCAGCCAGGUGCAGCCGCAGAAGACACCGCGAAUGCUAUAAUUGCCACAUUGAAUGCGUUAAGGGCUUCCGUAGAAGAGCUUAGACAAAGCACUGCGGAGAGUCAAAGAGACAUCAUUAGGCUUCGCGAAGGCAUGCAACCACAGAAUGUUCCAGAACAGAGCGUGCAGCCAGCACAGCGUGACAAUACUCAAGCCGUCAUAUCACCGACCGACUCGCAAAUAAAACUUUACGAUUUGCCUGUGUUCAGCGGCAAUGUCGAAGACUGGCCGCUAUUUUUCGCGAAUUUCAACGACACCACGGAAAACUUUGGAUACAGCCACCGCCAAAACCUUAUGAGGUUGCAGAAGUGCUUAGUUGGUCCCGCCAAAGAAGCUGUCGCCGCCAUGCUAAUUUACCCGAGCAACGUGCCGAACGUCAUAAGCGAGUUGGAGUUCAGGUUCGGGCGACCCGACAUUUUGGUUAAAUUCCAAAUCAGCAAACUGCAGAAUUUCCCGCCAAUAGCCGAUAAUAAGCCGGAGCAGAUUGUACCGUUUUCCUCAAGAGUGAGAAAUGUUGUUGCAUUUCUGAAGUCUGCAAAUUGCCAGCAGCACUUAGCUAACGUAACAUUGUUAGAGCAAAUGGUGGGUAAGUUACCGCAUACCCGACAGUUCGACUGGGCGAAGCAUGCUGCGACUAUACAACCGUAUCCAUCAGUUGAACAUUUUUCUGAGUGGCUUAGCGAGUUGGCUAGAAUAAUUUGUCUUAUGCCGACAAACAACACACAGGGUGGCCGGCAGACUGCAUCGUCGGGCAAUCAUCGUCGGCUGAUGCAUAUUGAGCGGCCAAGGGACUCACUUGCUUGCUAUCAGUGUAGUGGUAACCACAUGCUUGCACAGUGUGAAUCGUUUAAGGCAAGCAGUAUUCAAGAGCGGUGGGACCUGGUUAAGGCGCAACAGCUUUGCUUUUCGUGCCUACGCAAGGGGCAUUCCACGCAAAAGUGUCGUUCAAGAAGGAGGUGUAACAUAAGUGGCUGCCAGCGCUAUCGCAACCAGCUACUCCACAACGAAGAUGCAACAAUGCAGAUGCUACGCCGAACUACACCAGAGGACGUCAUUGCGCAGCCAGUACUGAAUUGUCAAGUAACACAAAGCGCACAUGGUCAACUGUUUAAAAUAUUGCCAGUCAACAUAUAUGGACCGAAAGGUAAGCGUGAGAUAUUAGCGAUGUUCGACGAGGGUUCGUCAAUUUCAAUAAUGGAAGAGGAAGUGGCCAAGAUGAUCGGAGCCCAGGGUGGCUUGCAUCCACUUACGCUGCAGUGGUAUGACAACAACGUUGUUACGGAACAAUCGCAUAAAAUCAGCAUCGAAGUUGAGAACUGCGCAACGAAGAGGAAGUUUCUACUGAAGGAGGUAUAUACGGUGAAGAACCUGAACCUGCCUAAGCAAUCUAUGGCCAAGGAAAAUUUUCAGCAUUUGAGAGAUUUGCCGAUAAAAAACUACUGUCGUGCGAAACCAGCUUUGCUCAUCGGGCUAAAGCACGCAUACCUGGGUGCGACCUCAGAAAAAGUGCAAGCCGACAUCGACAGCCCGCUAGCUGUAAAAACGCCACUAGGCUGGGUCGCGUACGGCCCAACCAAGCUACCUACAACCUUGAACCCCCGUGUUUUGUUGGUGAAAGAAUAUCAGCAACUGCACGACUUAGUACACGAGUACUUCACAGCAGACAGCUUUAGAGUCAACCCGCCAGCAGUGCCAUUGGAGUCAGAUGAAGACCAGCGAGCACGUGAGAUAUUGCGCCGAACAACAAGACGAGUAGUUGCCAAACAGCAAAACAAUGGCCGAGAAAUGCUUACUGGCAGUGGAGCGCCAAACGAAGAACGAUACCGACAGGAAAUGGCUAAGUACGUGAGCAAAGGGUAUGCCAGAAAGUUAAGCCGUGACGAAGCCGGAGAGCCACAUCAAAAUGCUUGGUACUUACCUCACUUCGCUGUAUUCAAUCGACAUCAGCCCGAAAAGACGCGACUCGUCUUUGAUGCCGCAGCCGCAGUAAGCAACGUGUCACUCAACUCGCAACUAAUGAAGGGUCCGGAGCAAGCACAGCCGUUGAUACGGAUUUUGCUACAAUUUCGCCAAGGACGUGUUGCAGUGUCAGCAGACAUACGCGAAAUGUUUUCGCGGAUCAAGAUACGCGCAGCUGAUCAGCACGCUCAACGGUACUUGUGGCGUGAUGGUGAUGCGAGCAAGCCUGUGGCAGAGUAUGUGAUGACGUCGCUAAUUUUCGGUGCUGUUUGCUCACCCUGCAUCGCCGAAUAUAUAAAAAAUAAAAACGCCGAGGAGUAUCGGGCACAGUUUCCAGACGCCGCAACGACUAUAAUUAACAAGCAUUAUGUCGAUGAUUUAGUUGCAAGCUUCGACACGCCUGAACAAGCCAUCAGUAUCUGCAGCGACAUUGUCAGCAUCAAUUCACAAGCAGGGUUCGAGUUACGUAACUUCGUCUCCAACUGCGAAGAAGUAGAAGAUCGUUUGAAUCAUUCGUCAUUAUCCGCGGGAGAAGUGGUUAGUCUGGAACGCAACGAGUCAGUGGACAAAAUGUCCUGCACGGAACGCGAGCUCCGACAAAGCGAGAGUUGUUACGAAUCGUGA